CUGCUGCACCACGAGCUAUCUCCUGCACCAGCAGAGCAUAUUCUGGGCCGUCCCCUCCACGACCAAAUCAUCUCCUUCGAAUCAACUUUGACGUAACCUUCACCCUUCGCCCUCCUCUUGCCCACCCCCCUCCUUUCCUGCUCCGCGCCGCAACUAUGUCCGACGACGACGAUUUUAUGCAAGACUCCGACCAGGAGGAGUAUGACUUUGAGUAUGAAGACGACGACGAAGAGCAAGGUGGAGAUGUCGACAUCGAAAACAAGUACUACAAUGCCAAGCAGUUGAAGGCCGAAGCUCCAGAGGAAGCUAUCGAUGAGUUUCUUGGCGUCCCCGCACUGGAAGAUGAAAAAGGAGACUGGGGUUUCAAAGGCCUGAAGCAGGCCAUCAAGCUUGAGUUCAAACUCAAGCGUUACGACCAAGCUGUGGAGCAUUUCAAAGAGCUCCUUACCUAUGUCAAAUCAGCAGUUACACGUAAUUACUCUGAGAAGUCCAUUAAUAAUAUGCUGGACUUCAUCGAGAAGGCGGCAGAAGAUGCCGAAGCAUAUCGCUGCAUGGAGAAGCUAUACGCCCUGACCCUCGACACUUUCCAGAGCACCAACAACGAGAGACUCUGGCUCAAGACGAACAUCAAGCUUGCGAGGCUUUGGUUGGAUAGAAAAGACUACCGCCAGCUAACGGAGAAGGUCCGAGAGUUGCACAAGGCAUGUCAGAAAGAGGAUGGAACAGAUGACCCAAGCAAAGGCACAUAUUCAUUGGAGGUUUAUUCCCUAGAGAUCCUCAUGUAUGCUGAGACGAGAAACAACAAGCGCUUGAAGGCAUUAUACCAAAGAGCUCUCAAAGUGCGUUCCGCUGUUCCACAUCCUAAGAUUAUGGGAAUCAUCCGAGAAUGUGGUGGCAAAAUGCACAUGAGCGAAGAAAAUUGGAAGGGAGCACAAAGUGACUUUUUCGAGAGUUUCCGAAACUACGAUGAGGCGGGAUCGCUUCAGCGGAUCCAGGUGCUCAAGUAUCUCGUCCUCGCGACCAUGCUGUCGGGUUCAGACAUCAAUCCGUUCGACUCACAGGAGACGAAGCCCUACAAGAAUGAUCCUCGCAUCUCUGCCAUGACCGACUUGGUAGACGCGUAUCAGAGGGACGACAUACACGAGUACGAAAAGAUCCUGCAGAACAACCAGGAUCUUCUUAUGGACCCGUUCAUCGCUGAGAACAUCGACGAGGUUACGCGUAAUGUACGAACUAAAGCUAUCAUUAAGCUCGUGGCCCCGUACACUCGGUUCACAUUGGCAUUUAUCUCCAAGCAGUUGAAGAUUACCCUCCCUGAAGUCCAGGAGAUUGUGGGCUUUUUGAUUGUGGACAAACGACUGCGCGGGAAAAUAAACCAGCAGUCUGGCACGGUGGAAAUCGAGAGUAGCACAGACAUGGAUCGGGUGCAAGCGAUGAAGGAGUGGAGUGCAGCAAUUGGAUCGUUGUGGGCCACGGUCUUGAACGAGGGCGAUGGAUUCAAGUCGUCAGAUGAGAGCGGCCCUCAGCUCUCACCCAAUCCUCCUGGAGAGCACGGGGGUAUAGGGGGAACACAGCGGUCGUCCUGGAAUCUGAAUGGCCUCCCUAAGGUUGGACGGCCAAAAGGCAAGGGUCUUUCGGGACGGUUGCCGGGCGCUGGGAACAAAGGAUGACUUGCAGAUUCGUCUGCAAGCCGGCCGAAGGACAACCAAUAACUGGGUACUGGGAAUGAGACCACGGGUUAUUGCAGUCCCACAGAGCGUCAUGGAGGCUUAUUUGACCUGAAAGAUUGAAACAUGCGGAUAGAUUUCCCAGAAGGAGGGGAACGGUGGCCCCGGCUGGUGGUACUGGGGUAAGAGUUUCCAUUUUACUUGCACACAGUUCACAAGACUGGCGUCUCAACAGCGAUCGGAGGCGGACAUGUUCGGGAUAUGGCGGGACACCAGCCUGCCACAGUGAGCAGCGAAUUGUGUAUGUAACAUGGCCUCAUGGCCUCGUUUUCUUGUUGCGUUGCAACUAGCCAAGAGACCCGAUUGCCUGGAUAGAUGGGCUGCG